AUGGAUGUAAUUGUUGGAUGUAAUGAAGAUAUUUCGGAUCCUUUAGGGAUUUAUAGCACUAUACAUUCCGCUGAUGAUCCAUUUGCCGAAUAUUAUUUUAAUGAUAGUUUAGAGUUAGCUGAUGAAGGCCUGUGA